AUGUAUACUAAUUUAUCAUUUGCUCAGAGUUAUAUAUUAGCAUCAAAAGUUAGAUCAAAAUUAACAAAAGAAGCUUCAUCACCAAAAUCGUCAUUAAGAAAUCUUGUUGUUCAAGCAAAUAUGUUGGAUAAUUUAAUGGAUUAUAUUUCAAUCGAAACAGAAAAAAGAACACAAGAACAACAACAACAACAACAACAACUACAACAACAACAACAACAACAACAACAACAAUUACAACAACAACAACAAUUAGCAAAAUCAAAAGUAUCAUUCAAUUUACCACAGUCUCAAAAUCAACAACAUAAAAGGAGAUUAUCGAAUGCUUCUGCGGAGCAACAACCACAAUUGUAUAAAACUUCAAUUACCGAAUAUGAAAUAGAUUCAGAUUCAGAUGAAGAAGAAGAUGCUAUUAGCGAAUCUUCAGAUGAUGAUGGUGAUGAUGACGAUGCUUAUGAUUAUGUUUCACAAAUUAAUUCAUUUAAUGGUAUAUCAAAUUCAAUUAAACCUAAACUGGUCAAAUUUGAUAAUUCCGAUGAAGAAGAAGAAGUAAAUGAAGAUGAAGAUGGGGGUAGUUCUGAUUAUAGUUCGGAUUCAGAUUCAGAUUCAGAUGAUUAUUAUAUUUAUUCAGAUAAUGAUGAAAUACCAGAUGAUUCACAAAUUCCAAGAUCUAUUUCGUCAAAUUAUAAAAAAUUACCAGUUAUGAAUCUAUCAUUAGAUGCAAUAAAUGAAGAAGAAGAAAAUGUAUCUGAUGAAUUACCAGAAUUAUCUAAAUCAAAUCUGGAAACUGAUGAAGAAGAAAUAAAUGAACAUCAUGAAAAUGAAAUGAAAUUAAAUAAUCAUCAUCAUCAUCAUCAUCAUCAUGAAAAUAUUAAAGAUAGGAUUAAAUUGGAAAAUACAGAUACUCGAGUAAAUCAUCCAGUUAGUUUAUUUACUGUUUUUUAA